UGGAAACAGUUGCGUCGCAGGUCUCCAAGCCAACGGUUGCAUUUGCAUAUUGAAACAGUAAAUAAAUAAAUAUUUCGGGCGCUCUUGCUGUAAUUCGUUUACGGUGCAAUUAAUUAAUAAAACAACAACAACAAACAAACAACAAGCUUGCAACAUGUUGCGUCUACUGCUGAUCAGCGCGGCGUUGUUUGCCACAGUUGCUGCUGCUGCACAAACGCGCAACAUGCCCAUUCAGGCCAUUGCCUAUAUCACAGGACCUGUGCAGGCGGACAAGAGUCAGGUGAAGGGCAAUGUUACGUUCAUACAAAACGAUUGCGGCCAGAGCGUGCAUGUGCGUGUGCAGCUUGAGGGCGUCAAGGAGGGCAAGCAUGGCUUCCAUAUACACGAGAAGGGAGAUCUGAGCAAUGGCUGUGCCAGCAUGGCGGGUCACUAUAAUCCCGACAAGGUGGAGCAUGGCGCUCCCAAUCAUGAAGUGCGUCAUGUGGGUGACUUGGGCAACAUUGAGGUGAACGCUUCGGGUGUCAUCGACAUGACCUACACCGAUUCCGUUAUAAGUCUAACUGGCAAGCGCACAAUUAUUGGACGUGGCGUGGUGCUGCAUGAGCUGGAGGAUGAUCUCGGUCUGGGCAAUCACACAGACUCCAAGAAGACAGGCAAUGCAGGUGGACGCAUAGCUUGCGGCGUUAUUGGCAUUAACUCGAAUCUGGAGGAAUGGCCCUGCCUACGCGAUGGCGCCAGCAGCCUGCGCCUCUCCUUGUCCAUUGUGGCUUUAGUGUUUGCUCUCUUCAUUACACGCAUGUAAUCAACUAUUCUAGCAACUCAGCAUUACUUUAUCAUUGUUCUAACUAAAUACUCCCAUUUGCUUGGCCAUAAUACGCUUGUAAUUUAUCCCAACAAUUCUGCAAGAAUAAAAACUAAAGUUCGAUAUUA